AGCGGUUCACUCUUAUCUCUCCCGCAACUUCGGGCCUCUCUGCGCGCCGGUGCACUCGUUCCUGAGUUGUCCCGGAGUGACGAGACGCCACCUUCCCCCUGUUGCCAGAUCAUGGCGUUGGAGGUGCAACCGCCCAGCGAUCGCAAACGAGUCAAGGUCUACGAACUGAGAGAUAACGACUGGUUUGAUAGAGGUACUGGUUUCUGUACUGGCCAGAUCCUGGACGAUGAACCGCGAAUAUUCGUCGAAUCUGAAGAUGAACCCGAACGGGUACUUUUGGAGACAAAAAUCUCCAAAGAUGAUGGGUACCAGAAACAGCAAGAGACCCUGAUAGUAUGGACGGAACCCAAUGGGACGGAUAUGGCAUUGAGCUUCCAGGAGCCUGAGGGUUGCGCCGUGAUUUGUCGCGAAAGGAAUUUUGUCAAUGGCGUUCAGCAACACCUUACGAACCUGGCAGCAGCAGACGAUGCCUUUUCCGACGAUCUCGAAACAUAUCAGUCUAUAAUGCUACCCGCUCCGGAGCUCGGAAACCUCCCCGAAAUUGACCAUGUCAUGAGAGCAGCCAGCAUGACCCAAGCCGGCCGAGACGCAUUAUCGAAGUUUGUUAUCCGGGAAGAGUACAUAACAAAGCUCAUACCAUUAGUCACAGUGGCAGAAGAUCUCGAGAGCCUGCCGGACCUACACCGUCUCUGCAAUAUCAUGAAAUCCCUCAUCCUUCUCAAUGACAAUACCAUUAUCGAGACCGUCGUUACGGACCCCAUUAUUCUAGGAGUUGUGGGGGCUCUGGAGUACGACCCCGAGUUUCCGACACACAAAGCCAACCAUCGGCAAUACCUCGCAGACCAGUCACGCUACAAAGAGGUGGUCCCGAUUAAAGACGCCCUCAUCCGUCGCAAAAUCCGGUGCACCUGGCGUUUGCAGUAUCUAAAGGAUGUGGUCUUGGCCCGGAUCUUAGACGACCCGACUUUCUCAGUCCUCAAUUCGUUGAUCUUUUUCAACCAGGUGGAGAUCGUAAACCAUAUCCAGUCAAACGGCCUUUUCCUGAAGGAAUUAUUUUCGGUUUUUGAUCCGAGAAAUGCCGAUGCAAAGCGCAAGGAGGAUGCAGUGCAGUUCCUCCACCAAUGCGCAUCCAUUGCCAAAAACCUGCAAGCCCCGGCGCGCGCCAAUCUCUUCGCAAACUUCAUCAGCCAUGGCCUUUUCGCUGUGAUCGCCUUCGCUAUCAAACACCCUAACCCCGCUAUGCGCACGACUGGAAUUGAUAUUCUAGUUGCACUGCUUGACCAUGAUCCUCUCAUGAUGCGGGGGUAUAUGCUUAAGGCCGUGAAUGAGAAGAAGACGCCGCUGACUGAUACGUUGAUUGAUUUACUUCACUUGGAGUCGGAUCUCGGCGUGAAGAAUCAACUCGCGGAUGCAGUCAAGGUUCUAUUGGACCCCCAGAUUCUUUUGCAGGACACGAUGGGUCGGGCUGGACCCGAACAGUACUCGAAGCCACGUCCUAAUAUUCUCUCUGAUGCUUUUGUUCAAAACCACUUUGAUGAGUCUGCAAAGAGGCUAUUCAUGCCGUUAAAACGCCUCGAGAACCGUGCCAGCCUUAGCGACCUCAAGUUUCAAGAGGUGGCCUUGUAUGCCCAUCUUGUUGAUAUCCUUACUUUUUUUGUCCGUCAACAUCUGUACAGAAGUCGUGCUGUCAUCCAUAAUGAAGCACUCGCUCCCAGAGUUGCUCAGUUACUUACAGUGCCUCAGAAGCACCUCAAACUGAUCGCAUUGAAAUUUUUCCGUACAUUAAUUAGCCUCCAAGACACAUUUUACCAAGCCCUGAUGACACAUAACAACACGUUUGGUUUGAUUCUUGACAUCGUCUAUGAAACAAUGCCACGCGAUAACCUCCUUAAUUCAGCUUGUCUCGAACUCUUCGAAUUCAUCAAGCGUGAAAAUAUCAAACCUAUAGUUCUGCAUGUUGUUGAAAAAUAUGGUGAAAAGCUCAAGAAUAUUACCUAUGUCAAUACAUUCCAGGACUUGAUCCUACGCUAUGAGCAAAUGCAGGGCUAUGGCACAGAAGCAGAGCCCACCCUCUACUCUCAAGAUGAAGGUACGCCAGCUCGUCGAGUCCCGCCCAACGGACAACGUUGGCAGGGUGUUAGGGAGAUGGAUGCGGCAGAGGAAGAAUAUUUCAACACAUCUGACGAUGAGGAAGAGUGGCAACAUGACAAUGCGGCCAAUGCAACAAUGGCUCCUCAGAUGCAGAACGGUUCCGCCUCACCAGUCGUCAAGCCUCUAGUCGACUAUCCGGAUGACGAUGAGGAUGACGAUGCUAUGGACACGAAGCCGGAGGGCAGUGAAGAGCAGAAGCAGCAACAGUUGGUACGGCAAGAAGGCACCCCAACCCUUGACGCCGCCACCGACUCCAUCGUGGACACACCGUCGACUCCUGUUUCAUCAACCGUGCAGUCGCCUCCAGAGCGUUUGUCAGAAAAGCGCCGGCGUGAGGAGGAGGACGAUGAUGAGCUGGUUAAGCUAACUUCUGGGCCGAAACGAAGGAGCUCGACCAGUGGCAGUCCUGGGGGUGCUGGUAUGCUACGAAAGAAGAGGAGCGUGUCAAUUGGGUCGCUCUCAGCUGCUGCUGAAAAAGGAGCAACCCAGAGUAUUUUGGGAACUGUGACUGGCAGCACAGCGCCCAAAAGGAUAGCCAUCAAUCUUAGCACUAAGCCAUCGCCAGAGACGGACUCCGCUGAUCCUGCGGCAAGUACACCAAGCAGUGAGAAAGAAAACCGUGGCGAGAACCACGGUGAAAGUGGUUAG